CGCCCAAACUCUCACAAUAAAGUUUUGGGCCACGUGCGCCCCGCCACCGCCUCGCUUCCUGCCGCCACAACUCGAUCGUAACGUCCCACAGGAAAACAAUAACAUUCAGCAUCAAUUUCGCAAGAAUAACCCAUGGCAAUGGCUGUAAAGUGCGCUUCUACCACAUCACUCCACACUCUAAAAGCGCUCUAACCAAACAGACAGGAAGCAGCUCAAGCUCUGCAAGGAACCCGAGAGUCCUUUGCCAGCUCUUAUCGAGUUUAUUUUCGUUUUCGUGGCAUACCCUGCCAACCCAGCAAAAAUGAAGGCAAACCGUUGGCAACCACGAAUACCGAUACCCCUGUCGCUACUGGUGUUGUUGGUUUUAGAUCAACAGCCGUCUGUGCGGGCAUCAUUUGGUGAUUAUGCCGACUUGUCUUUCCAGUGCCCUGCUUUGACAACCUGCGAAGCAGUGUGUGUGUCCAAUUCCACCUAUUGUCCCAUGGAGCUAACCUGCCAAAAUGGAGAAAUUCUCUGUGAAAGUGGGCGAGUCUGUGUCAACAAUGUUACAGACUGUCCCGAGGAAGAAAAUCCCUGCGCCAUCAACCCCUGCGGAAAUACAUUUGCGUGUUUACGCACCAACCUCUACCUGGAUGAAUGCAGUCAAUUAUACGACCCAUACUACAAAACAUCCUGGGAUUGUGGUGUGGAAGAUCCUCGUGUAGUUCAAAAGGGAGGCUCCAACGUGGACGAAGAAAGAAUUGGCUGGACAACAGCCACACACCUGUUCCUUUACACUUGGAUAUGCGUUGUGACGGUGCUUCUAUUGGGCUGGUGUGCCUACAAUCAACGAAUUUCACCCAAGGGACAGACUGUCCCGCUGCACGACUUUACUAUGGGUGGGAAAAGACGGAGGAGUAGUUACUCUUCCUUGGAAGGCAGUGAUGAACCAGCUCUUUGGACGCAGACGGGGUACAAAACGUCCAUUAUAGGAACCACCAUCUACAUUAUGGUCAUGACGACGUUGAUUGGAAUGCACAUCCUUUUGGCAUGCUUGGUGGCUUUCUAUUACGCGCAACAACGAGGAUACGGACCGGUCAAUCCCUACAAGAACGAUGUUGAAGUUCUCUUGGCCUUUGAGCUGGCGUGGCUUGUUAGUUUUGUUUGGACGUUGAUCCUCAAAUGGCCUGCGUCAAUCGAGGCGCUUUUUCUGAGACGAUGCUCACUCUCCGAAGCUACCCAUGUAGCCGUCUUUGCACCAACACGACACACCGUCAAACAAAACAAGGAUAUGGCCUCUCAAUCUGAGUACAUUGCUCGAAUCAAGGCGUGGACACAAACGUUCUUUCGCUACCUCGACAAAUUCUUUGCCUUUAUCUUUAGUGAAGUCCAUCGUCCCAAUGUUCCGGGACGCUACCAUUUUCACAAGGUGGACAAGGAAAUGUCGUUCUCUUUCCGAUUGAGACGAUACAACUAUGAUGAUGUCACCGAAACUUUCAUGCCUGGGAUGAUGAUCAUCGGACACUCCUUGGAGGAUAUGCUCACCCACCGGGAGGGACUCAAGACAGAACAUGUUAUCGAAAGACAAAAGGUUGUGGGCAAAAAUGCCGUUCCGAUGACGAAACCAACCGUACUCUCUGUCACCCUGGUGGAAGCAUCCAAAAUCUUUUACGUCUAUCAAAUCUACAUCAUUUGGUGGUGGUUCAACUUUUGGUACUGGCACAUGGGUAUGAUCUACUUUGGAAUGUUUGUCCUGGGUGGUGCCACAACAGUCUAUGUGACCUACAUGAACGAAGCAAAGCUGUACAAGCUAGGGGAAGUGCAUGGAAAAGCCAGAGUGAAGCGAGACGGGGCGUACAUUGACAUUCCACAGACAGAACUUGUCCCUGGGGACAUCAUUUCUGUCGAACCAGGCAAAUGCCAUUGUGACAUGCUGCUUUUUGAGGCAGGAACCAUCCUCACUGAUGAGUCCGGUAUCACAGGUGAAGCCACACCUGUAGCCAAGACUGCGGUCGACGCUGCAGCUGUCAGUGCGUUGUAUUCCCCCUCAACUCACAAGAAGAAUACAAUCUCUGCUGGCUCUAUCAUUCUCGAGACGGGAGAGAGCAAUGUUGAAGCUCUUGCUGUGGUGACGCAAACUGGCAGUUUCACAACCAAAGGAAAUCUCUUGCGAGAUAUUCUUUUCUAUGAACGUCAUCAAUUCAAGUUUGAUCACGAGAUCAAGCUUGUCUUCUUCAUUCUCAUCCUGUAUGCCAUAACUGGCUUCACGAUGACAGUCAUCUUCCUGAAAGAGUCGGAGAUCGCUUAUGCCAUCUUCUAUGGCAUGUACGUUGUAGAGACAGCCAUUCCUCCUCUGAUUCCAACGGUUUUCUUGGUGUCAGUUGGAAUCUCGGCGGAACGCCUGCUCCGAAAGAGGAUUGCUUGUGCCGAUAACAGAGAGAUCUUGGUGACCGGCAAGGUGAAGGCCGCGUUUUUCGACAAGACAGGGACUCUGACAAACCAGGGCCUUGAUUUCUUAUCGUCGCAUCUGUUUCGCGAUGGGGAACAGUCCGACUUGCCUGAGGAUGCAGAAAGAAUGCAACGCGGGAUGGCUGUUACUCACACCUUGACAAAGACCUCAAAGGGCUUGUACAUCGGCACCUUCAUUGACGAAGUUAUGUUUAACGCGUCGGGAGCUUCAAUGACGAGUGCCAGCGAAGGCCCUCCUGUUGUGACGACCCACGAUGGCAAGGGACUCAAGGUGUUGAAGCGAUUUGAGUUCGAUCAUUCCACAAUGACCCAGUCUGUUAUCAUUGAGGACGAGACAGGCGAAGUGAAAACCUAUGUUAAGGGCAGCGCAGAAAGCAUCGGAAGGCUUUGUACUCCCCAGUCGCUACCACGCGAGUACCGAACGAUGGCAGAGAAUGCAUCGAGAGACGGGAUCUAUCAGAUAGCGUUGGCAAUGGGCACUUCUCCGUCUCCAAAAAUGGGUGACAACGGAGAAGUUUCCUAUGCGUUCGUUGAACGAGGAGAGGUUGAACGAGACCUUAACUUUGUUGGCUUCAUGGAUUUCAAGAAUACCUUGCGGGAAAAAUCUCCUGACACUAUCGCCCACCUUAAGGAAGGAAAUGUCAGCUGCACAAUGGUUACAGGCGACAGUGUAUUCACGGGUAUCAAAGUGGCUUACGAGUGCGGUCUCAUUGGCAAGGAAAGCCGAGUUGUGUUGGGUCGCUCAGUGGAUGCAUAUGGCACUGUACAGUGGGUGGACGGAGAGACCGAUGAACCUGUAGCCCUUCCUUCAAUGACAGAGCUUAGUCAGCCGGAAGAACCAGCUGUCCUGGCCGUGACCGGUGAAGUCUGGCAAGUGUUGUUGAGCAGAUGGGAGGAAGAAGCCUUUCUCUUGGCUCCAUUCAUUAAAGUGUACGGACGUUGCACACCAAACGACAAGGUAUCAGUUGUCACUCAUUUUGUUAAAAGAGGAGACAUCACGAUGUUCACAGGUGACGGUGGAAACGAUGUUGGUGCCCUGAAGACAGCGCAUGUUGGGGUAGCGCUGAGUGAUUCAGAGGCCAGUAUUGUCUCGCCGUUUACUUCGUUGGACAAAAAUAUCGAGUCUGUUGUCGAAGUUUUGAGAGAGGGCCGCUGCUGUCUGGCUUCAGCUUUCAGCAGCUACAAGUUCAUGAUUAUGUACGGACAACUUGAGACGGUUCUUCAGCUUGUUGCUGCAUGGUUUUCGGUUGGGUUCGCGGAAUGGAACUGGGUAUGGCUGGAUGGAAUCCUUGCCUUGCCCCUAGCGUUCGCACUACCACUCUCCUCGGCUGCUGAACGGCUUGGCCCUACACGACCAACGGCAUCUCUACUUGGUCCACAUACCAUGUCCAGUGCUUGUGGAAUGUUGACAAUACACCUUAUCUGUCUGAUCAUCGCCCUCACGGUGAUGAGGAACCAAGAAUGGUAUCAAUGUCGCCAAUGGGAAUCCACGGACAUUAGCUUAAUCUUGGCAUUGGGAGACAACUACGAAUCCAACGUCACUUUCCUAAUGAUUUGCAGUCAGUAUGUGUGGAGUGCUGCCGCAAUGAACUUCGGCUUUACCUACCGCAAACACUGGAUCAAAAACUACUUUGUGGUGAUUUUGGUUGUGUUUUUUUCUUUCGUGCAUUACUGGAUCACUUUGGUACCCGGUGUAAUGUCUUGUGCUCUCAGGAUCAACUGCCACAAUGAUGAUAACAUUACGCCCAGCGUCUACAACCAGGGGCCUGUGGCAAUACAAAACCCAUACAAUCACACCGUUAUGCCGGUUGAGUUCCGUCGAUUCCUUGCCGUUCUAAUGACCAUCAAUCUUCUGGCCGUUCUCGGUUGGGAGUUCUUCAUCGUUGGGCACGGUCAUGGCAAGAGGGCGUGGUUUUUCUGUUGCAACCUGUUGUUCAGUGAACAGAACGCCGCAGAGGAGUACGUUCCGAUCAAGUUCUCCAACGAAAACGACCCCACCAAGUCAAAAGACUUUAAACCACAUGAACCGUGAGAGGCUUGCUGGUCGAUGGGCCACAGUCUUCUCAGGCUCGACUUGACUCGUCAUCAGUCUUUGUAGGAGAGCGCUCACCAUGGGCGCUGCUACCAGGAUAAGGGCCCAGCAACCAUUUUAAAAUUGUACUACUAAUUUUAGACACCCGAAAUACAUC